CCAAGACACUCCUACCUUGAUACUCACAAGUGACGAACGUUAUCAGUCAGUAUCCGCUGUCUCCCCGUCAGUGCUGCAUCUCCGACCAGUCACUCCACAGGGAGCAGAGUGACUAUAGUGUUGCCUUUUUAGAUGAAAAAACGAAUAGGCAGACUGAAUUAAGAAUGACAAACUUAGUCCAGUUUGCCGGACUGAUCUUGCUGUCGUUGGCUCCGGCCAGCCUGGGCACCUCGCCGCAUCCGCUCGCGAACAAAUCGACGCCACAGAUUAUUGCGUACUAUCGGUAUCCCGUGGAGGUUCAUCAGGUCACCACGGAAGACGGAUACAUACUGGAGCUACACCGAAUCCCGCACGGCAUUAAGGAACCCCAGACCAGCAGGCAUCCCAGACCUCCUAUAUUGCUUCAGCAUUGUCUGCUCUGUUCCUCGGCGGAAUUCGUCAUGAACACUCCCGAUAAGGCUCUUGCUUACUUAUUGGCUGAUUCUGGGUACGAUGUAUGGAUGGGCAACGUGCGAGGAAACACCUAUUCGAAGAAUCAUGUCUCUCUUUCACCUAGCCAGAAGGAGUUUUGGCAGUUUAGCUGGGCCGAGAUGGGAUAUUAUGACCUGCCUGCCAUUAUCGAUUACGUACUGAACACAACGCAGGCUGAAGAUUUAUAUUACGUAGGUUUCAGCAUGGGAACCACCAUUUUCUGGGCAAUGAUGAAUGACAGGCCGGAAUACAAUCAGAAGGUUCACGUCAUGGUGGGGUUGGGGCCGGUCGCCUACGUUGGCAACGCAAAGGGACCCUUGGCUCGGGCGUCGUCGCAAGUCGACUUGAUAGAGAGGGUGGCAAAGUUCUUCGGAAAAUACGAGUUUCUGUCGUUUGGCUUCCUGAUGGACAAGUUUCUGUCCUUUGCCUGUGACGAACGAGUGUUUACCUCAGCCCUGUGCCGGAACAUGCUCUUCCAAAUGACUGGUUCUAAUCGGAAACAGUUAAAUGAGGAAUUUCUACCUGUUUUUCUAACUAACACUCCUGCUGGAACCUCCGUAUUGACGGUCACGCAUUACCUUCAGGAGAUAAGAUCAGGUAACUUUCAGAAAUACGAUUAUGGUGAGAAGCUCAACAUACAGAACUAUAAUUCGAAAUAUCCGCCAAAGUACAACCUUAGCAAAGUUGUAGUUCCUGUAGCGCUCUUUUCCUCGGAAAAUGACUGGCUUGCUGCACCCAAGGAUGUUGAGCACCUGCGGCUUGAGCUUCCAAAUGUCGUGUACCACAGGGUUGUCGAGGAUCCAAUGUUCACACAUUUGGACUUUGUGUGGGCAAAAGAUGCUGAUGAACUAGUGUACAAGUAUGUACUGGGGUUCCUGAAGUUCUUCUGAGGAUUAUUCUGAAGCCUAAGUUCAACCUGUAUCAUCGCAAUAUUUUUUUUCAGAACUUUAUUUUAGUAAAUAAUAUAUUCUAUUCCAAGUAGUACUACAUUUUAUAGUAGCAUUCUAAAAUACUGCUGAUUACACUUUUCAUGGAUAUAUGAAGAAGCUGAAAGUUUAGUCGAUAAAAAGUAACAAAAGUAUUUUGGUUUAUAUGUAAAUGGAUUAUCUACUGUGAUUAUUAGCAAAAAAAAAAGAUUUCUGAAAACAAAUAUUUUGAAUAAAUCUAGAAGCUAAACAUAUACUUAGUGACUCAAUAAGAUAUCACAAAGAAACAUCACAGUAGGAAAAGCCAGUAAAAAAAGUGGCUACAGUAAGAGAAUGUCUUCCUGGUUAUUAAACAAUAUACUGAAUUCUGCAAAACAAAAAGACCUAAGCUAGAAUAUAAUGUACGUAACUGUA